AUGACUACAGGAACCCUACUAGCAGCAUCUGCUGCCGAAAACGAUUACUUUAUGCUGCAAGUCGUACAAGCUAUCGACGCGAAAGCCAAAGAACUCUGGGAAAUCAACCAGAAAAUUCACAGCAAUCCGGAGCUCGGUUUCCAAGAAUACAAGGCACAUGAUAACAUCACAGCAUUGCUUGAAUCUCUCGGCUUCCAGGUAACGCGACACGCCUAUGGCUUAUCAACAGCGUUUGUCAGCGAGUAUGGGCAAGGUGGACGAGUGGUUGCUUUCAACGCCGAAUACGAUGCUCUCCCAGGCAUCGGGCAUGCCUGCGGGCACAACUUGAUCGCCAUGAUGUCCAUCGCAGCUUUCCUCGGUGUGGCCGAGGUACUCAAGCAACAGCGCGAAAAGGGCCAGCCUGUGCCUGGCCGUGUGCGACUGAUUGGAACACCAGCCGAGGAAGGAUUCGGCGGCAAAAUCCCCAUUGUCAAGGCCGGCGCAUACACAGAUGUCGAUGCCUGCUUAAUGACACAUCCCGGCCCAUUCACCGAAUGUCCCGGUUUCACGGGGGAUGCAUACAUGCCAACUUUAGCAAGCCUCAAGCUUGGUGUCGAGUUUACAGGCAAAACGGCACAUGCUGCUAUGGCGCCGUGGGAAGGAAUAAAUUCGUUAGAUGCCGCUGUGCUGGCAUAUAACGGUAUUGCUGCGUUAAGACAGCAAAUCCACCCUUCAAACCGGGUGCAUUGCAUUAUUUCCAAUGGAGGGGAUAGACCAAAUAUCAUUCCCGGCACUGCGGCGUUGGAUUGUUAUAUAAGAUCAGGAAGUGUGAAAAUUGCGGAGCAGCUUCUAGAGCGUGUGAAGGCUUGUUUUGAAGGAGCUGCGACGCAAGCUGGAUGUACCAUGAAGCUGCAAAUGAAAAAUACCUAUGCAGACCUACGACCCAAUAAGACCCUCUCGACAGUUUAUGCGAAAGCAAUGUCAAAAUUGGGUUCUGAAGUACGCUGCGACUUGACCUCCGCUGGUGUUCCUGGCUCAACUGACCAAGGCAACGUAACCUACGCAUGCCCUGGCUUUCAAGCCUACGUAGGUGUACCAGCACAACCAGGCUGUAAUAAUCAUACAGCUGGCUUUACAGCAGUAGCAGGAACCAAAGAAUCACAUGAACUCUGCUUGCAAGCAGGGAAAGGAAUGGCCAUCACAGGCUGGAAUAUCCUCACGGAUGAUGAGGUUGCGGCGCGCAUUAAGGCUGAUUUUGAGGAGGAUAAGACAAUCAGAGAGUUGGACGUACAACCAAGCAUGGAUAAAAAGAUCCUACUAGCAAAUGCGGGUUUUUGUUAG